AAAGCUAGUAGGCACCACCAGGAGAAUGUGUGGUGGCCUUGCUGUGGAGAGUGACUGCAGGGCCAGGCAGCGACUGUGGUGAACAGGGACAAAGAUGGCGGGGCUGAGGGGGAACGAUGGGCGGCCUCGGUCAUCCUGUCAGCUCUGUCCUCCUCAGUCAGGUCCUGAAGUCUUGGGGUCUUUACAUCUGAUACAACUCUGCCCAUCAUCUUUCACAAACCAUAUACUACAGCAUCCUGCCUUGCAGAGUGCCUGCAUCCUGUAAAGGACCAAGGUGCAAAGAUGCUGCAUGUGACAGAGGUUUCGGAUAUAGUGAAGAAUGCCCAAAGCUUUCUUCUACACAAUCAAGAGGAGAAUCCAGAAACUAGUCCCAAAAGAAACCCAGAAGCUCUGGAUAACUCUCAUCAACAGUUUAAUAAUUUUCAGUAUUUGUCACUGACUGGGCCUCACCAAGCUGUGAGUCAGAUCCAGGUUCUUUGCCGGCAGUGGCUGCAGCCAGAGACCCACACGAAGGAACAGAUAAUAGAGCAACUAGUGCUGGAACAGUUUCUGAGCACCCUGCCAGAGGAGAUUCAGAAAUGGGUGAGGUCAAAGCAGCCAGAGAACAGCAGGGAGGCAAGCAUGCUGGUGGCAAACUUGAUCCAGGCAUGUGAGGAUCCAGGUGAGACAGCUUCCCCUGCUCAGGACUCUGUCCUUGCAGAAAACAAGAACACUGCAGAACACCAAGAGAAUACAGAGGCAUUGGACAAACUACCCUCUGAGAGGUCCCAGGAGUUGGUGACAUUUGAAGAUGUGGCUGUGACCUUCACCGAAGAGGAGUUAAGCCAUUUAACUGCUUCUCAGAAAAAGCUCUACUGGGAGGUGAUGCUGGAGAAUUACCAGAACCUGGUUUUCGUAGGGUGUCAAUUUCCCAAACCUGAUAUUAUAACAUACCUGGAAGAAGAGGCGUCAAGAGCAAUAGAAGAGGACAGCAAUACAGUGAUUUGUCCAGGAAACUCUUCUGAUGCAUCGGAAUCACACGAAGACAACCGGAAGGACGACAUUUUCAAUCCUGUAGUAAUGAGUGACACCAAGACUCUUGAUCAAGAAAGAAGUUAUAGUAAUGAUGAAUUUGAGAGAGGCUCUAAUGUUACCCAGCAGUCAGAGGGUCUUCCAGGAAAGGAUCCCCAGGAAUGUAACGUUACCAGCAUGAGCACCAGACCCCAGCUAGUACAAGACUUCAGGUGUAAAAUUUGUGAAAGAGCCUUUAGUACCAAAAUCGGUCUUGUGAGACACAAGCCGAUCCAUACUGGGAAGAAACCCUUCGAAUGUAAGCAAUGUGGUGAAGCCUUCUUCCUCAUGCCGCACCUCAACAGGCACCAGAAGUCUCACGCUAGUGACAAGCACUCAAAGUGCAAUAAAGAUGGAAAGUCUUUCAUCCAGCCUGGAGAUCUCUCUGGUCAGGUGCACCACUCUUUAAGGUGUAAGCCCUGAAUGGCACUAAGAAUCUCUUUUGUACCAUGUGACGUAAUAGAAGCUUUCCCUCACUGACCCUGAAUGGUGCUCAGAUGUAAAGACACAUGGUAACCAGGUGGACCUGGACUCCCAGAACCUGAUUCCUUGCCUGGAAAGGGGUGAGUUGUUACUGUCAUUCACUGUCCUGCUUUUUCUCAUUGAGUCAGUUUUCAGAGGUUAUGAACUCUAAAGUAAACAUGACACCAAAAUCUACACCAGAAGAAUAGUGCUAGCUGCGCAGUCCUUUCCCUCUCCAUUUUAAAAGUUCUUGAUGCGCAGUCCUCAUUGGCUAGCUCCAUUUUCUUACCACAGCCCCUUCUGCAGUUCACCAUAGUGUAGUUUCUGAUCCUGCUACCAUUACUGUGGGAAGACAUGAUAUUGAUGUGUCUUGUUGGUAGUGUUGACUUUGCUGCCUUGAAGUGGUGUCUGCUGGAUUUCUCUACUAUAAAGUUACUGUUUGUUUCCCUUUAAUUAAUAAAUAUCAGGACAAACUUUAAGACCAUGCAAGUAUCCACUUCUUCUUCACAGGAGUAUCUGAAGUGGGCCUUGCUAUAGUCAUUACAACUCUGUGUAGUAUAAUGGCAAUUUUCUGUUUUCUUAACUCUUUCUACAUUUUGGUAUUAGAAUUCUCUUGUGAAAAGGAACUGGCUGAAACCCAUACUUCAAAAGUCAUGCCCCAGUAAUUGGUGGUCAAGUGGCCUCAGUGCCUUCCUCACCACUGGGUAGCCAUAAUGUAUUCCUGUUGCAUUUUUCAGGGUUGCCUGAAUACUUGGUUGUGUGGGUGUGUCCCGCUGUAUUUAGACUUGCAGGGUUGGAAACCAGGGCUGGUUGUUACUUCUCUCUGCAACGCAAACUGCUGUUACAGUUAUGCUUCCUUCUCAUCUCCUGGGUCUUAGUAUUUGCCUUAUCAAUUUUCCCACGUUGGGUAUUAUUUUUUUAAGAGGAAAUUCUCAGCAGUGGAAUUUCUGAUCCAAAGGUAUAUGUUUCUUGAAGGCCUUGGAAACACUCAGCCUCAUCCCAGCAGGGACUGAAAGUCGUGCUGAUUGUUUUCUCUAAGAACAACCAUAAACCGCUCAGUUCUCCUCCAUAUCCCCUUUCUUUUUGAAAAAUUUUCACUGUGGUUUCAUCUCAGGAAAUAACAGGCCUGGAAAUCAGGCCUGGAAAGAGCCACCGAUAAAUUGAAAUAGUUUAUAAGAACACUAACUUUAAUAUACCGGUAUUAGGUAUAGUUUCCUUGUGAAAAUAUUAUUAAGCAUAUUACAGAGAUUUUGGAAAGCAACAUAGGCUAAUAAACUUCCUAAUUGUCCUAGAUACUCAACCAGGACAUGCCAGGAAUGUAGUUGUGUUCAUAGGUAGAAGAAAGAGCCCAUCAGCGGAGGAGGGAAGUGUGUGGCUUUGGAGCCAGACUUGAGGUCAAAUCUCAGCAUCUUCCUUAGAAGCUGAUUAAACCUCAUUUCCUUAGGAAGCAGGGAUACCAUUGUCAUCCCUAUCACCCCGAGGGAACUGUUGGAAGGCCCAGAGUUGAUUUAUAGAAAAGACCAGAUGUGCUGGCACUCAGUAACAAUUAGCUGCGCUUAUGGAAUGUUUUUAUAGACGAUAAAUAAGCUGGAGCAAUAAGCUGGAGUUGUAAACCACGGAUACACUAAAAAAGCUAGCAUGAUUUAUCAUUUUAAUCUUAGUUAUAUAAAUUUUUUCUCCACAACACAAAUCUAAAGUUCUCUUUUUCUCAUUUUGUAUGGCCAUUUUUUUCUUUUUCUU